AUGGCCACAGUGGAACCGCCGAACCCGCUGCCUCCAGACGAAAACGUGGGACCAGCCUUGCUGGGCGUGUCUGUUGUCACGAUUCUCGGUAUAAUACGGUUCGGAGUGCAAGUCGCCCAAGUAGCCAUUGGCAAUGGACGACACAGAUGGUACAUCGACGCCGAAGACUAUAUGCGCAACAACAUGCUCGGAUGGUUCGCCCAGAUCCUCCUCUUCGCCAGCAUAUGUCUCCUAAAAAUAUCGAUUCUGCUACUUUUAUUACGCAUCAAAGAUUCGCAGAGGGUCAAAUAUGCGGCUUGGGGGAUAAUGGCGGGUCUGUUCAUCACCAACUUUGGCUGUAUAUUUAUCCUGCUCGCUGAAUGCAGGCCUAUCAGCGCGUACUGGACUGGUGUGGGCAAUUGUUGGGAUGCACGCGUUCGUAUUUACUACAUCUAUGCCACCAUUGGUUCUUCCUUUGAUGCAGCAACUAAUGUGGAUUCAAGUGCAACUGGCUUCGGCAUCGGCCGAGCAUCUUCACUCGGUGUGGUUACAUCAGAUCUAAGUUGGGUUUACGCUAUCACGGCAAUAUGGUCCAACCUCGAACUCUAUCUCGGCAUUGUCGGUGCCAACCUUGCACUCGGCAGAUCCAUGUAUGGGUAUUUCUUCAAAGAACGCGACCAUUCCAAGGUCGGCUCAUCAUAUGGCUACGGCAAUGGGCCCAGGUCAACUUCUACAUCCGGGAACCUGAGAAUACCUAAUUCAGGUGCAUUCCGAUCAGGGCAGACACGUUUACCAUCGCACGGUCGAGAUAGUGAGAUCUCGUUGGUGGACCAAACAAAGAAACAAGAACCGUCUACGUGGUAUGCCGAUGGCAACACUGACGAUGACAAUCCGCCAGGAGUCACGGAGCACGAUAUAGGAAUCGGACGUUAG